AUGAUUUUGAACUUGCCAGUAUCUGAAAUAUUAGAUGGUAAUGCUAAAUAUAAAAGUUUACAAGAUUCUGAACUUGGUCCAGUAUCUAAAGUUGUUUCUGAAAUUGAUGAUAAUGAAAGUAAUUAA